ACAUUAUACCUUCACAGUUAACGGGUCUACACACGAAAACCUAAUAGAUCAUAUAGUAUAAAAGUGUCGUUCGUGGUGCGAAUCGUUUCAUUGUGACACUAGUGUUUUUUCAUUAUAAAAAAAAUAUAUAAAUAUAAAAGGAGAGCCUUAUAUAAUUAACGAAAUAAAGUUAAUAUUCAGUGAUAUAACAAUAAUAAAAAGCAAAAUUAAUAAAAACGACGAAAUUAACUUAUAGCGCAAAGAAAACAUUUCCAGUUGUAUCAAAAAAGAAUUCCAUGCAUUAAAAACCAAUUAAGCCAAAUAUAAAUACCAAAAUGAUGAAUAUUACGACAAUCAAGAUGAUUUUUCUGAUACUGUUAUGCCGAAUUGUGGAACCGGCGCCAUUGCAUAACAUGCAGAUGGCGCAUAUGCAAGGCAUCCCACUGAUGCCCAUGCCGAGCUUGCAACAAAUGGUGGAGUUGCAGAGGUUGCAGUCGAAUCCGUUUUCUAUGAUCCACCAACCUCAGCCGCUCGUCAUCCUUCUACCGAAUGAUGAUUUGAAGACGAACCAACUCGACGGCACUGACGCAAAAACAAAAAGCGACUUUGGGAAAAUCGACGAAGAUUUAGAUUCAGUUGUAAUUGAUGCGCCAGAUGAAAAACCGCACAAAGCGUUAGUGCUUUUACCAAAUGCUAGAUUCUCUAUUGGUGAUUUCAUUUCCUCCAUACCCUUUUUGCCAAUUGAAAUCAAUGUUCCCGAUACUAUUUCGUGGGCGUAUAACGGGAUAGCAAAUGGUAUAUCUGGAAUUAUAUCUAUUAUUGGACAGAGACUACCAUACCAAAGACCCACUAUUAGUAAAGAUUCAAAUAGUCUUAAAUCUGUAUUGAAUACGAUAAGAUUACAGAAUCAGCCCCUUAUGUUUAUGCCUCUUGAAACUCAAAGACUGAAUCUUCCCAUACAAGUUUAGAUAGCAAGUUAAUAUGCAAUACGAGUAGAAAUAAAAUCUAACA